UGUCUUGCAAAAAUUGAGCUUAUACGGGAAUAGGUAAUAACCAAAUCACCACAACGUCUAGAAUAUCCCAUCUUUUACCUUUCAACUGGGUCUGAGCUGAAACGCACGAGUUACAUGUUCCAUCAAAACAGCCUGACAAUCUCCUUAUUUUGAUGUCUUCUCCUGCUAGACCUUCUUCGCCAUUCCAGCGGCUCACACGCACACUCUCAUCGUCGCUACUUCUGUCACGCAUGCCCCAGAGUGCACGCCGGCGCCUCUUUGCGCGUAAGUACGAGCAAGCUGCGUCGGACGCGCUCGCGCGCGAGUCGGACGUGACGGUUUCUAACAAAGUUACACCGCACUUUGAGUACAAGGGUUUUGCAACGUUCACAAUUGCAACCAUUUUCUUUGCGGUCUGGCUCGCGUGGACGUUUGUGCCCGAGGCUGCGUUCCACCGCGUGGGCAUCUACUACUAUCCGUCGCGCUGGUGGGCACUCACGAUCCCCGCCUAUCUUCUCAUGGCGAUGCUCUAUACGUAUAUUGCAUUGGCCUUGUAUAACAUCGAAGUUGCCACGGUUCCAUUGAACGACUUGCGGAACAUCGUAGACGAGAGUGGGAUCAUGGCGAACGCGGGCGAGACCGAAAGCACGGAGACGUUUGAGGGGUACGGGUAUAACGAUGUGGGGGUCGCGGCAGCAGAUCCUUUUGUGCGGGUUUCGACCAGUGGGGUGAGAGAUUUGCCGAUAUCCACGGUGAACCAAAUUUUGUAUGGUUAGCGAAGAACUACAUGCAGUGAUUGGUAUGUCAAAAGGCUAAGUGAGACGGUUCUUAUGGAUCAUCCUUUGACAAGAUUAAUCAGACAUUAAGGAACAUUUCAUGGUCAUGUCGUUUGUGAUUGAAUUCUCUUAAUUUUGAGGCGUCUUGAAAAGAAUGCCUCAACAGAUGAAAGAGUUUGCCGCCUCGCUGAGAUACCAUAAGAUUGCCUGACAGAGUUGCAUUUCGGACCCGACACUGUGAACCAGACACUUCGUGAAUGUGCUUAUUUGGAUUGAUCAUGAAUGAGAGAUCAUUCAUAUCUUGGUUUGAUGGUAUAAUAUGCAAGUCCUGAUGAGGCUGGUUUGGGAUCUGCAGUUACAAGACCAACUUUCUGAUACAAAGCCAAGCUCACAGAGAUUUUCAUAGGCAAUUGAAUCUUACAAGGUUCUGACUAAGGAGAAUAAAUCACAUUAAACGCAGAAAAACCAAUGUAUAAUUCAC